AUGCUUCAUAAUCGACUACUUCUCACUGGAUUUCCUUUGGUGGCGGUGGUUCGUCAGGGCAUAACCGAGGCUACUGAAGACAUGGUACAACAACUGGUGGACAUGAUUGACGCGGCAUUGGCGAAGAUACAGACUGGAACAGAGGUGUUACAUCGGGACGUGCUGAGCAUCUCCAAGGAACUCGUGGAUGGCAGCAAGCGCAGUGGGCAGCAACAGGUGGAGAUGAUGACUCAUCUGCAGACGGUGCUGGGUGUGUGA